AUGGAGCGCACAGCAUUGGCCCCGCCGCGCGUCCUGCCCUCGCCGCGAGCAGCACGUAACAGCGAGUGGCUCCGGAGCGCCCUGGCCCAUCACCACUGCCCCGAUCCCGGCGUGGAGAACGAAAUCCUCGUCCUGGCCACCGGAAUUGACCAAUACCUGCAGGAGGUCUUCCACCACCUGGCCUACACCAAUCGGGACGACACGGUGUCGGCGGAGGAUUUCAGCGCGCUGUGCGCCGUGCUGGGACUCACCGGAGCAGCGAGAGGAAAGAGGAUAUUGAAAGGAGAAAAAGAUGAGGAAGAUGAAGAGUUUGGGGACGUAUGUUCUGUGCUGCCCAGCCACCUGUCAUUUAAAGACUUCCACUCGCGGCUCUGUGGGUAUUUCCGCGUGCGCAGUGCGCGUAGGGACACCGGGGAGUUUGCCUGGCGCCUGCCCGUCACUGAGGACACGGAGCUGGUGGAGCGGCAUAUCCGGCUCCGGUGGCCGCGCGUCAGACGGAGAAAAUGUGUCAGUUUUGAUCUGGCGAGGGAUCAGAAUGGACCCGUUAACAGAUUGAUUAAAGGAAGAAGCGAAGAAGACAGAAGCGAGUCAGAUGAGGUAGCAGCUCUGAGAGAGCUGGUGGAGGAUCUCCGCUCAGCGCUGCAGGGGAGCGACGCUCGCUGCCUGGCCCUGGAGGUGGCCCUCCGACGGGAGAGGGGCCGCACCCUCCCUUCUCCAUCCAGCUUCAACUGCACAGUUAAAAAUCCCACAAGUUCCAUCACCCUCGUUCAGAGAAAACUGGUACCAACACAGAGAAUUAAAGGACAGUGCAGUGGUGCUGGAGGAGACGCGGCAAGGAAGGUGGCGAGGAGACGGGACAUCAGGGACCCCCUUGUGCGGGAGCUGAAGCUGAUCCGCUCCUCGCGUGACGGACAGCUGGAGGAGGCCAUGAAGUUCAACGAGCGUGUGGAGGAGGAGCUGCGAUGGGUGUACCGGGAGGUGUGCAAGCUUCACAGAGUGGAGUCUGCGCUGAGGAAGGAGAACGCUCAGAUCAGGAGGCGGGCAGAGGAGGCCAGGGAGGCUCUGAGCUUGGGGCUCCAGAGGGUUCGGAUGAUCCAGGAGCAGGCUCAGUCUGUGCCGCAGCUUCAGUCCAGGAUCACCCAGCUGGAGACUGAGCUUCACCAGUACAGAUCCCGCUGCACCUGCCUCCCUGACCAUCAACACAUUUACACAAUCCACGCAGAAGACUCCUCUAGCAAGACAGAGGCAGAGUGUCUGCAGAGAGCAGUGGAAGGGAAAGCUGCCUCUGAUGAAGAGGAGGAGGACAGAGGGAUGAGGGAGGAAGGACAGUGCUGCCUGUUGGAGGUGAAGAAACACCGACUGCACGGCUGUGGAAACGGAUGUCAGAACCAUGUGAGUCACCUGCAUGAUAAAAACCUCAUCAGCACUUUAAAGGACAGCAGGGGGCGCUGCAGCCGGAAGGGACAACACCAAGAGCAGUCAGAGGGAAGCAGAGGCUUUGAAAAAGAAAAGAGGCCGAAAGAAGAGGAGGACAAGACAAGGCCGGAGGAGAAAGAAAACACACGUCUGUCUUUGCUUGAGGACAAACUCACAGAUGCCCUCACACUGCUGCUGCGGCUACGCAACAAGAACAUGACCCGCAGGGCCCUGGGGAAGAUAGUGAUGGAUACUCUGGAUGUGUGCAGGAGUGGAGAUGGUCCAUCUCAGGUGUUGCAGUUAGCUGACGCCCUCUGUGUCCGGCUGUCUUCCAGGGAUCUCCUUGGAAACGGAGAGGAUGAUGAAGGAGGAGAGAGCAGAGAGAAAGCCCAGGAUCCAUCUUCAGGAUGUCAAACCAGCAGCAUCAACCCUCUGCUCAUCUCCUGUUAGAUAAAGGUUCUACAUGUAACUUUCAGAAUAAAGCUUGUUGCUUGUUAUUAAUGACACCGGUGGCCGUUAAGUGAACUGCAGUCAGCAUCCUGCUGCACGCGCUCACACUCCGAGUCCGUAGGCAUCCUGGGCAUGGACCAAAAUAAUGACGUGACACACACGAGACUGAGCGUGAUUAACCGGCAUCAUGUUGAUAGAUUGCUGGAGAAAAAAAUAAUAAUAUUUAGUAUACAAUUACUAUCUGUAAUGUUCCAAUAUUGUAUUUGGACAAUGUGGCUCCAGCACACACUUCAUGAGUCCACGCAUAUGUUGUGGUUUUAGCUGGCUAAUGUUAGCUAACACUAGUUUACUUCCUAACGUGGACGAAUUGCUAGCUAGCUAAUGUAGCAAAAUACUGUCUUGAGUGCGCUGAUUCAUCCAGACUCCCGGGGCUGAUCUGGCUGGUAAAUUGGCUCGCUUGCCGCUUGCAAAUUACUUUAUCAGCUAACGUUACGAAGCAACCAACGGCAGAUUUAUGUCGCGUAGCUAGGUUACAGCCAGCUGGCUGUUGCACAGAAUGCACACUGUUGGCAAGGCAACCGGGAGCGAGCAUUACGUCACAUGCUUUGGAUUGUCCCAGAUAAACGUCCCAAGUCCUUUACAUAGAUAUCACAGGCUGUUAUAGGCAACCAGUAAAGACGGGACAUGUCUCAGUUAUAAAGCGACGUUACAAUCUACUCAUUGGCAAAACAAAGCAAUUACAUCAUGCUAAAGGUUACAUAUAGAACCUUUAACUGAGCUACUACUGUAGUAUUUAUCCUUUUCCUCUUUUAUCUCUGGCUUGUUUGCACACAUGUACUUUUCCCAGUUGUGGAACUGGUUCAACGUAUUUAAAGAUACAUUUUAUUUACU